GUUUCUCUGUGCAAGGGGAACGCUGCGGCUUGGAUGAACGCAGACGCCUAUUUGAAGAGGCAGGGCUGGCGUGGAUCGGGCCACUCUCUAGACCACCACGGCCACGGAAUCAAGAAGCCGCUUUUGAUCUCCCAUAAGCGGGAUCAAUUGGGCCUGGGUAAGAAGUCGGCCGCACACAGCGUCAGCGACCAAUGGUGGAUGCGAGCAUUUGACGAGAGUUUGAAGAACGUCGGCACGGGUCAAGAGAGCACUCUCAGUCAAGUACGCAAGACAGGAAUAAAUCGCGGCGGUUUAUACGGAUUCUUUGUCAGGGGCGAGGGCCUUGCAGGAACUCUGCCAAAUACCGAAGAGAGCUCUGCCCCCGAGACUUCUCUCCCUAGCACCUCCACCCCGCCUUCCCGAACUACCACUCCUCCUACCUCCGAGACCAGCGAGAUCAUGUCCGAAACACUAACCAACCCCUUCGGUUCCACUCUCAAGAGAAACAAGCGGGGGCGGGCAGAUGAAGGCCCAGAGAAAAUCUGCAAGAAGCAGAAAGAGUCCGACGAGACCGACGAACCUAGAGUAGAGGUCGCCGAGAACCCCACCAAUCUCAAACCCAAGAAAAAGAAGCACAAGCGGCAAGCUGAAGGUCUAGAAGCAUUUCGCGAGAAGCGAAAGGCCUUCAAGAGGGAGACGAACCAGCUAAAUUCUAAGCUGAAGAAAGGAACAGAUCGCAAGACCGCGUUCGCAGAGGGCAGAAUCAGUGAUGAGGCUGCGCAGGAAGCUGCCGUUGUGGCGCGCAUCGAUCGAAUGGUUGCCAAUAUCAUUAAGCGGAGACAGGAUGCAGGAGAAUUCAAGCCUCCUCCUAGGAAGGCUAGUCAGAAAGAAGACAAAAAAGUGAAGUUCGCUCGGCAAAAGGCGCUCCGUGAUGCGAAGAAGCAGUUGAAGGUGGACUUGAUCCAAAAGGCACUAGACCAUGGAGAGUUGCCACAAUGGGUGAAUUGUACCGGAGAAGAGGCGCUCGAGCGUUAUCAACACAAUGUGAGAAAGACGGCGAAGUUGCAGCAGCAGGCGAAGGUGCGUUUGGCGGAAAUCAAGCGCGAGGAUAGAUUGUACAAGAAGGCGCAGGUGAAGUUGGAGAAGAAGGCCCGACGCGCGGAGAAGCUGAAACAGGUCAAAGAAAUGGCCGACAAGGUUAAAGCAGGGAAGAAGGAACAAAGAGGCCGUCCAGUACCUCCAGCUGAGAUGGGGGGAGUCAUCCUUUUCGAUGAUUCUACUCAAAAGCGGAAGAAAGUACCCCAUUACGGUGACGUGGAAAAAUAUCCUUCGAAAGCGGAGAAGAGAGAGCGCAAGGCGGCUGCCCAAGCUGGUCUGUCCAUUCAAGAGUAUAGAGCUAAGUUAGCUUCCCAAAAGCCACCUACAGAUGACCAAGCUGCCGUUGCCGCCAAGCUUGCAAAACUCUCCGAAAAGGAACGAGCUCAGUGUGAAGAGCGUGCCGCCCUGAAAAACCAAUCCCUCGAAGAAUACAUCCUCCGGCGGAUUCAAAAGAAAAACGAGAAGAGAGCUGAGCAUGAAGGCAAGAAAGCUGUCAAAGUUACGAACGAUGCAGAAGCCGAAUCUUCAUCAGCACUUCUAUACUUCGUCGACACCCGGGGUGAUCAGGCUCUUACUCUUCCUCCCUCAUCUAACCCAGCCGCCGCCUGGCCAAGCCUCCCGCGCAAUUCCGACGGUUCUCUACCCCUCGACCCAUCCAUCUGGGAAGGCCGUCCCGUCAAAACUCUCACCAAGGACGAACGUCGGGCUCGCCUACUCUAUCUCCGAGAACGCCGAGCCAAACGCAAAGGUAUUAUUCCUGGAACCACACCACCGGUGACGAGGGCACAAAAGAAGGUAGAGAUGAAGAAUAAACUGACCUACCAGAUCCUGUGUGAGAAGGGAAUCACUCAAGGCGCCACAAAGGAGCAGAAGACUGAGGUGAGGAAACUAGCCAGGAGGAUAUUGAGGCAGGAAAAGCAGGCGAGGAAGGCAGAGAAGGGGGGAAGGAAAAUUAAGUCGAGGACAGGAAGGAAUUGAGCGAGAGGGUGGAAGGCAUUCUUAUCGAACAAGUUUCUGGGAAUUUAGCAUGGCUUGGGUAUUAGUAGCGGCAUUGCAGCAGUAGGCGCUGAAGAUUCCUCCAUCUUCGGGAUGUUCGUGGUUGUCACUGAAAAUAUUUUGCUGAAUUCGUGGCUCAUGUCUACCACGCACUGAUUGGACGGCGGGGGUGAGUGGGUGAGGCUAAUUUCAGAUCCUAUUUCCCCUCCCCUAAUAG